GGGUGAUAAUGCAAAGUGCUAUGUUCCUGGCUGUCCAGCACGACUGUGGACCCAUGGACAAAGGCGCUGGCACCGGCCCCAAGAACGAGGAGAAGCGAGAGAAGAUGAAGCGAACCCUAUUAAAAGAUUGGAAGAGCCGUUUGAGCUACUUCUUGCAAAAUUCCUCCUCUCCUGGGAAGCCCAAAACUGGCAAGAAAAGCAAACAGCAAACCUUCAUCAAGCCUUCUCCCGAGGAAGCCCAGCUAUGGUCAGAAGCAUUUGAUGAGCUGCUAGCCAGUAAAUAUGGUCUUGCUGCAUUCAGGGCUUUUUAAAAAUCUGAAUACUGUGAAGAAAAUAUUGAAUUCUGGCUGGCCUCUGAAGACUUCAAAAAAACCAAGUCACCCCAAAAGCUGUCCUCAAAAGCAAAGGAAAUAUAUACUGACUUCAUAGAAAAAGAAGCUCCAAAAGAGAUCAACAUAGACUUUCAAACCAAAACUCUGAUUGCCCAAAACAUACAGGAAGCUACCAGUGGCUGCUUCACAACUGCCCAGAAAAGGGUUUACAGCUUGAUGGAAAACAACUCUUACCCGCGUUUCUUGGAGUCAGAAUUCUACCAGGACUUGUGUAAAAAGCCGCAGAUCACCACAGAACCCCAUGCCACAUGAGAUGAAAGCAGAAGCCCAGAAAUGGAGGACUUUUCAUUUUUUUUCCUAAAAGGGGAAAGGCUGUCACCUGCCAAAAAGACUGACCUUGAAUUCAGCCUGGGUGUUCAGGAAACAUCACUCAGAACUAUUGAUUCAGAGCUGGGUAGUGAAUCAGGAAGCUGGUCGCCUCGUAGGAGAAGCUGGUACUGGGUCGGCUUCCGUAACUGAUGGAGCACAGAGAGAGAGUGUGGUCUAAAUGCGGUGUGUCUCAUGCUGGAAAAGCAGGAGCUUGAGACUGAAAGAUAACAAUGUAACACUAUUGGUCCAGAAGCAUUUACAAUCAAUAGGUCUGGGAUUAUGUGGCCUUAGCUAGCUGGCUGUACAUCUUUCCCUAAAUCAGUCCUUGUUACCACAUAGUGGUUUAGAUGUAGUUUCUUUAGCUCUAGAUAAUAUAUGUUUACUAUGUGCAAGGGUACUGAAGUUCCUAUGACUACAGAUCAUCAGUACUGUUGUCUCAUAUAACUCUAAAACUGAAACGAUUUGUGUUUGAACUGUCAAUUGGUGUCUGUACUAGAAUGAGUGCUUUUGUGUAGAAAGUGGCAAUGUCCCUUAUGAGUGCCAAAACUGUCCUGAUGGCAGCUAAACUUUGAAGUGGUCUUUGAAUACUUUUAAUAAAUUUAUUUUUAUAAAUUAA